GCGGCGGUGAGCAGGUGAGGACAGUGCGCUGUGUGAGCGUUCGCUAUACGGUAAAACUGACUUGUGCUCUUCAUUCUCCGGGCGAAGCUGACCUACGUAAUACUAAUCAUGGAGUCAUUUGUGAAGUUCACAAACCAGAGUCAAGGAAGAGAUCGACUUUUCAGAGCUACUCAGUAUGCAUGCAUGUUGCUUAGUUAUGUUUUAGAAAAUAAGGCUGGCAGAGAGAAAGUGGUAAUGAAGCUCAAACGAGUGGAGUCUAACAUGAGUUCUGGCCGUAAAUUAUUUCGGCUGGGUAAUGUGGUUCAUGCUAUCGAAGCUUCAAAAGCCUCUAUCCAACUGCCCGAUGCCGUUCUGUGCUACUGCUUAACUGCGGCCAAUUUAAACCGCCUUCUGUAUUUCACUUGUGACACUGUCCUAUGGGUGAGAAGUGUGGAUCUAGUUUCUGACAUCAACAAGGAGAAGUGGCGACAUCGUGCCAGCCUAUGUUAUCUCUACUCGCUUCUCUUUCAACUGGCCAGGGAUUUGUAUGAGUUAAUAAACUGCAUGGAGAAAGAGAAGACAUAUAGACGAAAAGGGGCCAAUUGUGAGAAUGGUCGCGCUCUGAAUUCAAGCAAUACAUUACUGAAAAGCUUAGAGAACUACUUCUUUAUACUAGGAUUAAGUUUAAAGAACCACCCACCCCUCUUAUUAGACACCAUAAAAAAUGUGUGUGAUCUUAUUAGUCCUCUUGAUCACUUAGGAGUUUACAAAACCAAUCCUGGAUUCAUUGGAAUUUGUGGUCUGGUAUCUUCCAUUGUGGGCAUUAUGACUGCAGCCAAUCCACAGUUAAAGUUAAAAAACUGAUUGGAGGAAAGAGAUGAUCACCACUUGAUAUUUCUUAUGCUGCUGGUUUAUACAGCUGAUGAUUUUACUCAUCUAGAUGAAAUGAGAUUUAACUCGUGCUGGUUUUACCGUGCAGAGCUGCAUAAGCUGGCCCUAGAUGUAAUGAUUUCUUUUUACUACUACCAGUAAUAAUUAUGCUGUAAUUAUUCUUUAUACAGUGCUAGAAUAUUCCACAGCACUUUCCAUUCGGUGGACGUGAUAAACUGCAAAAUGGACUGUUGGAAACAAAUGGACAAAGGACCCUAGCUAUAGGGUGAAGAGUCAUGCACCUCUGGAAGUAAUCCCACCCGUUCUGCUUUGAUUGAUGUCCCAAGGCUGAGAUACAUCUUUACUGGAUAACUCAGUGCAAAGCAAGGUCUACUGUCCUUGGUUUUAUCUGCGCAUGCGCAAGAUGCUGCUGAAUGACAUCCUGGCCAUGGAAUGUCAAUCAAUACAGACUGUUCACCUCACAGGCACCACCUAGAGGACUUUGUGUUUAGAAAGGAAUUACCUCGGAGUAUAACAACAUUGCGCAUUGCGACAUGCCACUGCUGCGAUGUGACAACCACAGAAAAUCCAGCACUGAUGCAUGUGAAAAUGCCAUCAUAGACCACAAUGUAAGUCACACGCAGCCAAAUGACAGUACUAAAGUCUUGCAACAGCAAUUUGCAGUCAAGUUGUACAACAGUUUUGGGUCGCACAUCUUUUCUGAGACUUGCUGUCACACAGCCGUGUAGCCUGGCAGCCGUCUUAAUUUCUGAAAAUCUACUGACAGGUUCCCUUUGAAAGGGCAGCAGAGUUGGAUGGAGAGGUGCGGGUGAGCAGCUCAGUUCUGUUUGUGCCAUGGGCAUUGUUGUGACU